GUUUUCGCCUCGCGCGGGGUCCUCGCGCCGCACGCCGCCAGCAUGUCCGGGGUUCGCGCGGUGCGGAUCAGCAUCGAGUCGGCCUGCGAGAAGCAGGUCCAGGAGGUGGGCCUGGAUGGCACCGAGACCUACCUGCAGCCGCUGUCCAUGUCGCAGAACCUGGCGCGGCUCGCCCAGCGCAUCGACUUCAGCCAGGGCUCGGGCUCCGAGGAGGAGGAGGCGGCGGGCGCCGAGGGCGACGCGCAAGACUGGGCGGGCGCCGGGUCGAGCGCCGACCAGGACGACGAGGAAGGGCUGGUGAAGUUCCAGCCUUCCCUUUGGCCUUGGGACUCUGUGAGGAACAAUCUGCGCAGUGCCCUGACGGAGAUGUGCGUCCUCUAUGAUGUCCUCAGCAUCGUGAGGGAUAAAAAAUUUAUGACGCUUGAUCCCGUUUCCCAAGAUGCACUGCCUCCAAAACAGCCCGAGACUGGUAACGACAAGCAGCAUGAAGAACAUGUUCUAAAACGGAUUGUGGUGCUGACCGAACAGCUCUCCGUGAUGUGGCUGGAUUGUGUGAUCAGUUUUUGUUUUGUUUUUUUCCUUGACUGGCCCAUAGGAUCUCUCUUUCCUCAUCAUGGUACAUUUGAAGUUAUAAAGAACACUGAUAUUGAUAUGGAUAAGAAAAUACCAGAAGAUUACUGCCCCCUUGAUGUCCAAAUCCCUAGUGAUUUAGAAGGAUCUGCCUAUAUUAAGGUUUCAAUACAAAAACAGGCUCCAGACAUUGGUGACCUCGGCACAGUUAACCUCUUCAAGCGCGCUUUGCCCAAGUCCAAACCAGGUUCCCCACAUUGGCAGACGAAAUUAGAAGCGGCGCAGAAUGUCCUCUUGUGUAAAGAAAUUUUUGCACAGCUGUCUCGGGAAGCUGUGCAAAUUAAAUCACAGAUCCCUCACAUUGUGGUGAAAAAUCAGAUUAUUUCUCAGCCCUUUCCAAGCUUGCAGUUGUCUAUUUCUUUGUGCCAUUCCUCAAAUGACAAGAAAUCUCAGAAAUUCGCGUCUGAGAAGCAAAGUCAAGAGGACCAUCUUUAUGUUCUGGAACAUAAUUUGCAUCUCCUGAUGAGAGAGUUUCAUAAACAGACCCUGAGCUCCAUCACGAUGCCUCAUCCUGCAAGUGCACCUUUUGGCCACAAGAGAAUGAGACUUUCCGGGCCUCAAGCUUUUGAUAAGAAUGAAAUCAGCUCACUACAAUCAAGUGAAGGGCUUCUGGAAAAGAUCAUUAAACAAGCAAAGCAUAUUUUUCUGAGGAGCAGAACUGCUGCAACCAUUGACAGCUUAGCAAGUCGCAUUGAGGACCCUCAGAUACAGGCGCAUUGGUCAAAUAUUAACGAUGUCUAUGAAUCCAGCGUGAAAGUUUUGAUCACAUCACAAGGCUAUGAGCAAAUAUGCAAUGACUACAAAGUAACUAGGCUUGCUGAUCAUCCACCAAGGGUGCUCUUUCCUUCACAGAUGUCCCAGCACCAGGUGCAUGCAGUGCAGCAGCUGGCCAAGGUUAUGGGGUGGCAAGUACUAAGCUUCAGCAACCAUGUGGGACUUGGCCCCAUCGAGAGCAUCGGCAACGCCUCCGCCAUAACAGUAGCCUCCCCGAGUGGCGACUACGCCAUCUCAGUUCGUAAUGGCCCUGAGAGUGGCAGCAAGAUCCUGGUCCAGUUUCCCCGUAACCAGUGUAAAGACCUCCCCAAAAGUGACGUUUUACAAGACAGCAAGUGGAGCCACCUCCGAGGCCCGUUCCGAGAAGUCCAGUGGAGUAAGAUGGAAGGCCGGAACUUCGUGUAUAAGAUGGAGCUGCUCAUGUCUGCCCUGAGCCCCUGCCUGCUGUGAGCCAUUUGAGGAACUGUGACUUGAGAUGUGGGCAGCAUCGACCAGAAGCACAAGGAAGAUAAAUCUUCCUGAGGACUUGUUUUUUUUAAAUUAGCACAUAUUUAUGUACCAUUUUGAAACUUCCACUUUAUAAGUGACAAGGGCUUUGAAAUGCAGGAAUUUAUGUACAGUUCUAGUGUAUGUGGGUGUGUGUAAAAUACAUGUUUGUGGGGGGGGAUGUAGUUAGCUGGAACAUUUUACUGACUUGUGCUUUUUAAAAUACUUGCUCUUUGCUAUCAAAGUGGUUAAAAAAAAAUCAAGUACUUUCUGAACUCAAACUCUUACCUGCUCAAAGGAAUUGUGUCUUUGACUGACUGGCCUCAUUUAGCUACUCAUGAAAAGGAUCGCUAAGGAACAUGUCAGCUUUCCUAAAGGAACGGAGGCCCUUUCUCUGCACUGUAACCCAGUGCGCGUACCAGGGCUGUGAGUGUGGUCAAGUGUGAAGAAUGAGCAGUCCCUGCCCGUGUCGUCUCUACGCAGUGCUCGGAGUGCUGCUUCCGUGAAGGUCUCGAUAGCCUGUCUUACGAGAGCAAUCUGCUGUAGCAAAGUGAACAGGAUGAAGCCGUCCAUUACCAAGUAUUCAGUCUGCACUUUGGGGAAGUAGUGCCCCAAUGCGAACGCAUGCCAGAGGCAUGUCCCUACUUAGGGGGAGAUGGAGUCCCAGGGCCUUUUGCCCCACUGAACAUCUCAUUAUCAGGCGGCUGCCUCUUUGUGAGUAAGACUUUGGAUUUUUAAAACAGAUACUCUGGCUCAAUAAAUUACAACUAAUAAUUUUGGAAACUUUUAAAGAAAAAUGCUGUUUGCCAACAAUGAAAUACCUCACACUUGUUGAACUAUGCUUUCCUCCUUUUGAUCAAGGUAAUGCAUCUUUCUAUAUGAAAGUUAAAAGAAUUGGUGUGCUCUCAUAAUAAUUUAAAAAUCUUAAGUACUUCGGGAAUCAUGAUCGCUUGCAAUAUCUGCCUUGGCUAAUUUUCUGUGCUACUCCAUACAGUUCUAUUGUCUCAGAUGCUCACGCUGUAGUGAACUACAUCACAGCGUUCUUGCGAAACGAGGCUCAUCAGCAUAUUAGCGAGGACCUGUCCUGUUUGGACAAAUAGAAGCCCUGCAAAAGGGAGGAAGACCCUCAGCGAGUGGAGAGGUGGUUUCCUCUCAUCACCAAAGUGACAAAUCCUUUAGAAUGCACCUGCGAAGCCCCUGUGUGGGCUUGACAAUGGCAGUGGAGUUUGGUACAAAUGUGUCAUGUCAUUUUGCUCCUACAAUCUACCAGGUAGCCAGAGGCAGUGUGAAGGGUGCAUGGAGGGCGUUUGUUGAAAGUCUGAAGAAGAUCUGAAGAGAAGGGAACCCAGUGUUCCCUCUAUCGUGUAUGCUUUCACUCAGUUCUUUGAUUUUAUUGGCGAUCUGACAGACCUCAGGUGCCUGUGUACUGAGCUCUUCUCCACACCACCAGCCUGACAACAGAGACUGGGUACGGUCCAGGGGCCACUGCCUCCACAGGCCCGACAGGUUGGGGAAUGUUGGGUUGGAAGCAUUCCGAGGGAGAGUUGUGGGCUUGGACACUGCUGUAGUGGGUAUUUUGUACGAAGGGACUUAAGUUCGUGGAAAAGUUCCGUUAACCUUCUUAAUUCCGUAUUUUCUACUUUUGGAAGAUCCCUUGUAUUAGAGUAGUCCUAUUCCAUUUUAACACUAGCCAGAAUGGAUUAGAUGAAAUGGCGAUUUUGUUCAAUGAAAUCUGUUGCCCUCUUUCCCCCUUUUCACUGAGAUAUUUUCAUCAUAAAAACAGAAUGAAUGUUGGUCCUA